CGGACCGUCCCCAUAGCCGGAUUGGGGUUAGGGUUUGAUUACAUAACAACCGCAGAGACUUGCGAGUCUUCAAUCACACAGCUUGGCACCGCACUUGCCCGACGUCAGCUUGUCCUCAUUACAACUCAUUAGCCUCCCAGCGUAGCCAUCAUGGCGGGGCUCAUAUCUCCAAAGCCGCUCUCAUACAUGCAACACACAGGACAGUUUGGUCCCUACCCGCAACAGCGCUUCUCUGGUUCGACCAUGGCCGCGUAUGCCGAAACACCUGCCAUCCUGCAGUCUCAUCAAAGCCACUUGCUCGGAAUUCAAGAGGAGAACAAAAUUUAUGCGCUGGUAAUUGACUUGCUUGACCCCAGCGCCAGGGAGGCAGCGUUGCUCGAGUUGAGUAAGAAGAGAGAACAAUACGAUGAUCUCGCUUUAGUGCUCUGGCAUUCGUUUGGUAUUAUGCCAGCUCUCCUUCAAGAAAUUGUCUCAGUCUAUCCAUACCUUUCACCCCCCAAUCUUACCGCCCACGUUUCUAACCGCGUGUGCAAUGCCCUCGCGCUUCUGCAAUGCGUCGCUUCUCACCCAGAGACCCGGCAGUUAUUCCUUAAUGCUCACAUACCCCUCUUUCUUUAUCCGUUCUUGAACACGACUUCGAAAACUCGUCCCUUUGAGUACCUCCGGCUUACAUCUCUUGGUGUUAUUGGUGCCCUUGUCAAGCAAAACGACAAUUCUACUGUUAUCCAUUUUUUGCUCUCUACUGAAAUCAUCCCCCUUUGCCUGCGUAUCAUGGAGACUGGCUCCGAAUUAUCCAAGACUGUUGCUAUUUUUAUUGUCCAGAAGAUUCUUCUUGACGAAACUGGUUUAACCUACAUCUGCCACACCUACGAGCGGUUCUACGCCGUGGGUACUGUGCUGAGUAACAUGGUAAACCAAUUGGUUGAAACGCAAGCAGUCCGACUGCUUAAGCAUGUCGUGCGUUGCUAUCUCAGGUUGAGCGACAACGUGAGAGCAAGGGAAGCAUUGCGUGCGUGUCUUCCUGAGCCGCUCCGCGACCAAACGUUUAGUGCCCUCCUGAAGGGUGACAUGGUCACCAAGCGGUGCCUGACUACGCUCCUCAAUAACCUCAACGAGCAAUGACGUAUGCGAUAUCAGGCCGCUGAAGCGAGGCCAUCCAAUGCAAAUGAAACAUAUUUCUUUAAUUGACCUCUACGGGCGGCAAGUUUGGACAAUCUGGAUAUUCAUCGCAUUUGUAUCCUUUGCGCUCAUUGUGCGAUUUGCUUUUGUACACCUCACUAUCUACCGUCUAACCGUAAUGUGAAUAUUCCAUUAGAAUUAUGUUGUAGUUCUACUACCAUACACAUAUAAAUGCCCGAUUCUGUUGUUCUUGC